AAUUGCCAUUCAGUCUUGAGCAAAGCCGCGAGGCGUAAAUGUCGGUCCCCUAGUCGUAGGUAGUAGUCGUCUUCUUUCGGUUUCAAUUGUCAUUGUUGCAGCAAAACGUGGAGUUACUAUCCUUUCGUAUCUGACGUCUCACCUUCAACUCUCCUGCGCCGUUCUCUUGCAUGCCAUAUUUUGCCAUAACCGGUCGAAUCGUUUGACUACUGGCGUGCACAAGGACAGGCGACAGUAAAGGAGGUGCCAACUCGCCGUUGUUACUACUGGCGGUGUUGUUAUUGUGUCAACAGACUGAGAAGAAGUACAGUGGUGGCGUAGAGAAAAACUACCAAUGCGAAAACGUAUUUACGCUCCAAAGUUUAUAUAAGCUCAUAUGUGCGUACAGCGGUUCUAGCGUUUAAUGAAGUGUAUGAAAUGAAGUAAAUACUUUUACGCGUCUUCGUCUAAUAGCUUAGAAAAUUUAACCGCGUCAACCCCAGCAUUCCAAGCCAACAUUCCGUUGUGAAAAGUAUUCGAGCGCGCAAGCUUCAGUACCAGAAUCCUUCUUUCCUGCAUUCAACGCUGCCUUGGCGCUACUAAGAAACAUUCCACAAUGUUUGGCAUUAAAUAUUUAACAGAGGCCCAUUUGAAGGGCUUCGAACGUUAUAAGUACAACAGCAUCGACACGGGCUACAUCAGCGUCUAUGUUAUGCAUCCGUUUUGGAACUGGUGUGUGCAGUUCCUACCGAAAUGGCUCGCUCCGAAUCUCAUCACAUUCACCGGCUUCCUGUUAACCGUGGUCAAUUUCAUUUUAAUUGCAUAUUACGACUGGGAUUUUCAGGGAGCGAACAACGCCGAACACACAGUACCGCAUUGGGUUUGGUCAGUGGCGGCUAUUAAUAUUUUGCUUUACUACAAUUUAGAUGGCAUGGAUGGCAAGCAAGCACGGCGUACUGGCACCAGCGGCCCGCUCGGCGAGCUCUUCGACCACGGCCUGGACUCCUAUUCAGCUGUGCUGAUACCCAUUUAUAUGUUUUCACUAUUUGGCACUAAAGAUUUGCCGCCGAUUCAAAUGUUUUUCGUUAUAUGGAAUGUUUUUCUUAAUUUUUAUUUGACACAUGUCGAAAAGUACAACACUGGAGUUAUGUUCUUGCCGUGGGGCUACGAUUGCACGAUGUGGGGCGUAAGCUUGAUGUUAUUUUUCACUACCCUCGUCGGUCCCAAUAUUUGGCAUGCACGCCCCUUUUUAGGCAUCAGUAUGGCACAUAUAUUUGCCAUUGUCUUACUUACUUCGAGCAUGAUAAGCAGCCAUCCAAUUAUCAUCAAAAAUAUUUACUUAUCAUACAAAAAUAAAACCGGCAAAAUGCGUCCAUUCAUGGAGGCGGUGCGCCCGCUCUUCCCCUUCUUGUGGCUUUUCGCAAUCACCACAUUUUGGUGCUUUUUCUCGCGUAAUAGCAUCGUUGAUCUGUCGCCGCGCAUACUAUUCGUGCUCUUCGGAACGUUAUUUUCCAAUAUUGCGAGCCGUUUGAUAGUGGCGCAAAUGUCCGACACACGCUGCGAUGGUUUCAAUAUACUCAUGUGGCCGCUGUUGGCUACAGUUGGUGUCUGCUGUUUUCCUUGGUACGAGCAAUUGCUGGGCACCGACAUAAGCGUCGAUAUGGAAUGUUGGAUUGUGCAGGCGUUGACGAUAUUCGUGACUAUAGCGCAUCUACAUUAUGGACAAGGAGUGGUUUGCGAGAUGUGCGAUCACUUUCACAUUCGUUGCUUCAAAGUAAGAGAUACUUCUUAUAUGGCGAAAAAGCUCACAAAUUCCUCGCCUCAGAAUUCAUCUGCGCUGACCAACUCUCAUACAUCUACACAAUUAACCGAGUCAUUACUGAGUAAACGUUUAAGUAAUAACAAAAAUGGGCCAGCCCAAAAUAAAUUGGCAUAACUUAGUUUAACAAUAACAAAAACAAUUUAUUAAUUGGUGUAAAUUAAUUUAGUAUGCAUUGAAAUUACAUAAUGCUCGCUUGCUGGAAGAGCCACAUAACUGGAAAAAUGCAAAAUUCGAAACAAUCUUAAAUUCGAAAAAAUUCGCUUCCCCAUCCUCUGCUACGUCAGCCAAUCAGUUGAUUCCUUCAGAAUCGCUGAGAGCCAGUUAACGGUUUGCUGUUGAGCGCGCCUUCGCAUUAUGUACAACAACACCUUUGCAUUCUGUAGAACAGAAACAGCAACAAAUCUUUUGUUAUCUAGUUAGUUACUCUUAAUUGGUAACGUCUUCAAUUGUCUACACCUCAUAAAAGAAGAGUUGAUGGUAAUUUCCACACACUCAUCGAUUUUUUGUUUUUGUGUUUUGACAUUCUUCCAGCAAACGAGCGUUAAGUUGUUUUGUAGUAACCGUAUAAAACUAUGCCCAAAAGUAUGCUACAUAUUACAAAUGCAUGUAGCAGUUGCUUAUUAUGAUAUUGGUAGAGAUUUUUUUUACUAAUCACUAACAGGGAUAUAUUUUUGGAAUACCCUUAGAAUGCAUUCCCGCAAGGGAAAGAUGCUCGCAAAAAUGCGAAGCAAAAAAUAAAUAAAUUUGCUGAGAUUACAAAAUACACCACGAAAUACACCACUUUUCGAGUUCGGCGAUAGUAGAGGUAUUUGCAAUAUUAAGAAUGCCAGGUCAAAAAAAAAAAAAUAGAAUUUCCUGAGAUUAUAAAAAAAAAAUACGCCACUUUUCGGGUUAGGCGAAAAUGUUAAAUUUCAAAUUGUUACUUGAAACUGCGUGCCCUAUUCAAAAUGGCAUAUAUUUUUAGAUACUAUUUUUGGCUAUAAUUUUUUUUUAUUAUUAACGCUCAUAUUAUUGAUUUCAAUUACUUCCGUACAACGAAUACAGGAUAAGGUAUUAGUUAUGUAUAUAUUUCGGCUAAGUUAAGGAUGUGGAAUUUUGUGAAAAAGGUUAUUAUAAAUUUUAGUAUAAAAUAAAACAAAAAUAAAAUAAGGUUUCAUAGUUUUGACAAUAAUUCCAUAAAUAAA